GCUGCCGCCCAGGGCGUCGCUAAGGAGGACGCCGCCUAUGGCAUCGCUAAGGAGGACGCCGUCCACGGCGUCGCUAACGAGGACGUCGUCCACGGCGUCGCUAAUGAGGUCACCGUCCACGGCGUUGUUAAAGAGGUCGCCGUACAGGGCAUCGUGAAUGAGGACUCUGCCCAGGGCAUCGCUAAGGAGGACGCCGCCCAGAGCGUCGCUACUGAGGGUGCCACCGACGGUGUUGCUAACGAGGUAGCCGCCCAGGGUGUCGCUAACGAGGUCGCCGCCCACGGCGUCGCAAACGAGGUUGCCGCCCAGGGCGUCGCAAACGAGGAUGCCGUCCAGGGCGUCGCUAACGAGGACGUCGUCCGCGGCAUCGCUAACGAGGUCGCCGUCCACGGCAUCGUUAAAGAGGUCGCCGCACAGGGCAUCACGAACGAGGACGCUGCCCAGGGCGUCGCUACUGAGGACGCCACCCAGGGCGUCGCUACCGAGGACGCCACCAACGGCGUCGCUAAGGAGGACACCGCCCACGGCGUCGCUAACGUGGUCGCCGUCCACGGCAUUGCUAAUGAGGACGCCGUAUAUGACAUUGCUAAUGACACCGUACAAGGCACGCUAACGAGGACGCUGUACAGGACAUCGCUAAUGAGGACACCAUAUAAGGCAUCGGUAAUGAGGACGCUGUAUAUGACAUCGCUAACGAAGACACCGUACAAGCCGUCGCUAACAAGGACACUGUACACAACAUCACUAAUGAGGGCACUGUACAAGACAUCACCAAUGAGGGCACUUUAUACGACAUUGCUAAUGACACCGACAAGGCACGCUAACGCGGACGCUGUACACGACAUCGCUAAUGAGGACACCGUAUAAGACAUCGCUAGUAACUAUCGCAAGAACAAAAAACCAAACACCGCAUAUUCUCACUCAUAGGCGGGAAUUGAACAAUGAGAUCACAUGGACACAGGAAGGGGAAUAUCACACUCUGGGGACUUGUGGGGUGGGGGGAUGGGGGAGGGAUAGCAACGGGAGAU